AUGAGUGGAAGAAGAAGCGCUCGAUGGAGCAGAAUAACGAGUCACAGCGUUGCUCCAACUUGCAUCAGUAGAGCAGACAGAGAGCUUUUUCUGCCAAAAGGGAAGUGUCUACAUCUGAGCGGCCUGACACCAGAGCCAUUAACAGCCGACGAUGACUACAAACUGUUGCGCCUCGGCAUCGGCUUCACGAACAUGGUGGCCAGGGCCACCAAAGGCAGCGCCGAUCUCACCCGUAAAGAAAUCAAAGAAGGAAGCCUUAUACUUUUAGAGAAGUUAAAAAAGUACAAGCCCAAAAUCGCCGUGUUCAACGGCAAGCUAAUUUACGAAGUUUUUUCCGGCAAAAAGGAGUUCGGUUUCGGUAGACAGCCCCAGCUACUCGAAGGCACCAGCACAUACAUGUGGGUUAUGCCAUCGAGCAGCGCGCGCUGCGCACAGUUGCCGCGCGCCGCCGACAAGGUGCCGUACUACGCGGCCCUGAAAAAGUUCCGCGACUAUCUCAAUGGCACGAUAACGCACCUGGACGAGUCCGACAUCGUGUUCGCCGACACCAAGCUGAAGAAGCGCGAGCACGAGGGCGGCGUGGGCGGCGGACUGCUCGGCAGCGAGGACAAAAAAGUACCGCUGGGCGGCGUGACGGCGGCUUACGAGGAUUACGAUGGUGAAGGUCUAUUCGUCGACGGUGUCAUAGUGAAGCAGGAGCCAGGCCUGAUACCCGGCAAAAAGAAGCGAGGCAGACCGAAAAAGAUCAAGAAUCCAGAGGAGCUGCCACCCGCUGAUGUAGAGAAGUGCGACGCCAACGGCGAAAUGAUCAAGAAGCGUCGCGGUCGCCCCAAGAAGAUCCACCAACAACAGAAGCAGGCCGAGCGAGAGGCCAAGGAACGCGAGUACCAAGCGGCUGCAGCCGCGGCCGCUGCCGUACAACAGCAGCAACAGCAUCAUCACCAGAUGGGCGGAGGUAUCCCAGGUGGACCCAUGUCCGACGGCUACGGCGGCAUGGCCAGCUGCUUCUCCUCGCAGAUGAUGUCACCGCCCAAGCCGUUCAGCCACAUGGCCCCGUAUCCGCAGCAGUCGAUGAGCGAGCAGCAGCAGCAGGCGUACUACGGCGGCGGCAACGCUGGUAUGGCCGACAGUCCGUACAACAAGCAGAGCCCCGUGCACAGUCUGCAGCACUACAGCCAGAGCCCCAAGUCCCUGUCCAUGUCCUACAGCCACUCGGAUCUCUCCUCGGAGAUCAACACGGCCAUGUCGUCGGACAACAACAUGGGCGAGCCGUCGCCGCUGACGUCGCCCGGUGUACAGGGUGGAGCGGGUAGCGGCAAUCCCGGUAUGGAGCACUCGGAUUUCGAUGCGGCGGCGAUGCAACAACAGCAACAGCAGCAACAGCAGCAGUCCCAGUACAAUCCGGAUCACGGAAGUCCAGCGGGUAGCACACCGUCGCAUCCGGCCUACGGUGGUUACAUGGGUUACCAUGAUCAACAGCAGCAGCAACAGCAACAGCAGCAACAGGAUCAGCAUCAGCAACAGCAGCAGCAGCAGCAGCAUCAAGGCGCGCCGACGCCCAUGAGUCAGAGCGACGAGCACUCGCAUCACUCGCAUCCGACACCGCCGCACAGUCAUCAGCAGCAGCACACGCCCACCCAUUCGAUGUCGCCACACCCGCACGAGCAGUACGGUAUUAAAAGAUCGUCGGGCCAAGACGUGGCGUCCAAGAGUCUGAGCGAUCUCGAGUCGUUGGUCGACCAGAUACCCAGUAUAGCCGAGAGCGGCGGUCAGAGGCUGAGUCACGGCGGUCACAUGGGCGGCGGUGACGAGUCGCUGCAGGACAAAUUGGACUCGAGCAUGCAUCAGCAGCAACAGCAGCAGCAGCAGCAAUACAUGUCGGCGUACCAGUCGUCGAUAGGCGGUGGCCAACAGACGAAUUACAGUCCACCGCUGUCGACUCAGACGAGCAUAUACGGCAGCAGCGACGGCGGCUACAGCAGUCCGGCCUAUGGUAUGGCUGGCAGACAGCAGCAGCAACAGCCCGAGCAACAACAGCAACAACAGCAGCAACAACACAGCAAGUCCUACACGGUGGAGAACCUCGCCUCGAGCAAUUACACGCCGAGCAACAGUAUGAGCCAUCAGCAGCAGCAACAGCAGCACCACCAGUACUCCAAUGUCAUACCCGGGCCGCACUAUCCGGUGCCUAUGUCCGCGGCGAGCUCGAACAACGGCUACGUGUUCGGCGGCCUCGAAUCUAGUCUCAUGCAGCGUGGCUAUCCCGCGAUGCCGCCGAGCCACCAUCAUCCCCAUCAUCAUCCGUCCCUGCACGGCCACCAUCCGAUGGGCAAUCCCUACGGCUACCAGAGCUCGCCGUACGCGAGCUCCUUCGACGCCUACUCGUCGGCGCCGUCGCCUGGCACCAUACACGCGCCUCAGCCCACGUAUCAGGGCUACGGCGCCGUGAGCAGUCCCGACGUGGCGGCCACCUCGUCGACGCCGCCCUCGUACUUGCAGCAGCAGACGUCGAGCAGGCCGCCGGUCGAUCUGGCCGGCUACGACGGCGUAUGAUAGUCCUCGAUCUGGCAGAUACCCGGGAGUAAUGCGGACAACGCUGCUGGUGGCGCGAGAGCGACGUCUUCCUCGUCGUCGUCGCGCGACUACAUGAACGCACCCGAUAAUCUGUAACGAGGAGAGCUGCUCGUAAUAAUUUGAAAGAAGAAAAAUUUGGUCGCGCCAAAGGGGCCUCCCCCUUGGCGCAACUUUUUCAAACUUUACUACAUAGGUAGGAUGUAACGUCGAGAAAAUAUAUUAAAUUAAUUCAAUGCGCGCGUGUAUAAUGCAUCGAUUAUUAUUAAUAAGUGUACAUGUCAAAGGGCUUGAUUGUAUGUAACGUGAUGUUUUUUACCGUACUACUGUGUAUUUUUACACUCAUUCACACACUGACACGCACUAUACACCGAUACACGUACACAGACACACUCUCACACUUUUAAAUACACACACAACAACACGCGAAGAGAGAAAGACGCAAAGUGAGCAAAGUACGCGCCGCUCACGAUUUUACAGGAGCGAAAUCGGACGAGGCGAAGUUGAAUCAUAUAGAAAGACUGAUGAGAAGGGGUCAUCAAAGGUCCCGCGUGGUUUUUUGUUUAUCUUUUUUAAAUAAUAAUUGUUAUUGCGAAUUGUAAUAUAGAAUCAUGUUUUCUACUUCUAUCGCCGUCGCGGUGGGCGUUGAUCUUUUUUAAAGAAACGACAAUCGUUGGAUUGUUCGGAUGUUAUCUAUCAUUAGUAAUGAUUGAAUAUUGUAAGAGAACGAGUGAGACCGUAUUGACAUGCGUCACGAUAAUGGAUAUAUUUGGAAAUAUGUUCAUUUUCAAGCAUAUCAAUGUAAAUUUCGUCUUGAGUGCAAUAUUUUUAAUGAUAUAUGUUUUGAUUUUCCAUAUAAUCUCGUUUGUAAUCGAGCAAAGUUAUGAAAAGACUGACAUUUUUUCAAAGUUUGCUUUCUUUACAAUUGAUGGUGCUAUACUAUAUACUUGUUGAUUUGAUACUUUCUUACUCAUUCAUGGGUAUAACGACAGAGACAAAAAUAAUCGAUGAACAUUUGGUGCUCGACGCGCGUGCGAAAAAAAGUAAAUCAAAGCGUUGCAACGAAGAAAAAUUUUUCUAAUUUCGCAUUCAAAAGAUAAAACGUUUCGCUCCGCAAGAUCGUGGGUGGGUGUAUUUUCUCUUCUAACUUAAAACGUGCAAUAUCUCUUCAAUUGGCUGCGAAGCCGAUAAAUAAAUAUACAUAUAGUUAGUCGCAAUCUGCGAAGAUUAAGAAUAAGACGAUAUUUUACGUAGUAAUACUCUUUAUCGAUUAAGCUUUUUUUUGUAAGAUUCGAAUGAUAAUUGUCUCGGAAUCAAGAGCCGUUCUAGGAUUUACGAUAGUUUUACAAAUUAUGCUUAAGUCUUUAUAAAAAGCAUCUUAAUCAAAAUAUCGAAGCUUUCAACUGUGUUGUUAAUUUUUUGUAUCACUUUAAAGAACAGUGUACUUGGUUUUUAUUUGUGCGACGAGUUAUUCACAUUGCUGCGUCGUCAACUGGGCAUUCAAGCCAAUUCUUUUUUAUUUAACAAACCCUACGAACACGACCCAAGUCACUUUUAUUUACCGUUAUAUUAUUGUAUUUAAUACCAGUGGUAACUCGGUGAUUCGUUAUAUACAUCCGAUGUAUUAUGUUAUGAAAACCGUAAAUAAAUAAUGAUUAUAAUCGCGUUAUAAAACAUUAGCAUUAUAAGACGAUGAAGAAGAUGAGACGUUACGUUUAUAUAUCCUUAUAUUAUAUUCUAUUGCGUUUUUGGUAGCGUUAUUACAUAUGCUUGUACACAAAAGAAUUGACGGGUUACGAGCCAUUUUCAAUUUUUUCGUGUACAUACGAAGUUAUUAUUAUUAUUCGAUUCGCGUAGCAUAAUUAUAUCGACGCUCCUGCUUUUUUGAAGACAAUGCAUCGGCGUGAUUAUAAAUAAUUAUAAAUAUAUAUAGAUAGUUAUAUAUAAUAUAUAAAUAAAUAAAUAAAUAUAAAAUAAAAUAUUAUAUAUAUAAAUAUAUUAUAUAUAUAAAAAUACUAAAUGAUUGUAAUGAUUAAUACAUAUGAAAAUGUGUCUAAUCUCUUGUAACGAAGAGAAACACUAUCACACAUAAUUAUUUGAAAUGAAGUACCGCGCAUUAGAGUGAACUAAACAGUAAGAAUUCUGAUUUGUCAUUUGCAGAAUGUGUUGAAAUAAAUUAAGAAUAAAAAUUAUUAAAAAAUGAUCGACUUGCACAGGGUAUAGACGAAGAGGUCCUUGAUAUACAUAAUUAGCUGAUGUCUUAUACAUAAUUAUAAAUAUACAUAACAGGCAAGAGCCUUUUUUUGUUCUAUCGGCCUCAGAGAACUGAUUUUAAUAAAAUUAUAUGAAUAUCAAGCCAAAAUGGUUUUCCUGACGUUUUUUAGAAUCCAUUCCAAAAAAAUUUGACAGUUUUUAUUAAUAAUAAUAGAUAUGCGUCAUCAAUGUUGAAAAAAAUAUAUAUAUUCAUAUACGUAUGAAGAUUGAAGAGUACACAUUCAUGUAGUCUAAAAUUAACUUAUCAUAAAAAAAGUGACUAACUCUACUAACAACAUUUGCUAAUGUCUUCAGGCGCGAUCGGACAAAAAAUAACAAAUGGAAAAUGCUAAAAAAUUAUUCGUGUAAAUGAAAGUUAUAUUGAAACGGAGGAAAAUCAUCAAUGGGUGCUUGCGGCGAAGAUUUACGCUGCAGCACAUAAUUCUAGAGAACUUAAUGAUGUGUAAAGUGAAAACGAAGAGCCGAAAAAUUGCAAGAAACCAAACGUACAGUAAAAAAAAAUUAUAAAUAUAAAAUAAUGUAAGAGAGCUUUUGAGCCAGCGGCUCGUAAACAUAUUUUUUAAUUCCUUCGACAAAACUCCGAUUAUUCUAUAUUAACUUUUCGACCUUUUCAUAAAUUAAUGCUCUUAGAGCAGUGUAUGAUAUAUAACGAGUCGAGAGAUUAAAAGGAAAGGGUAAAAAAAGGUUGCUCUGAAAUUGGUUUAUUGCACUCAAUUGAAUACCCGGUAAAUAAUGCAAUUUUACAACAACAACAAAAAAGGAAAGAAAAUGGCUUCUUUGUAAUUUCGCUUGUUUUGAGCAUUAGCUAAAAUUUGUAAAUAAUUAUCAAAACAGUUUACAGUCGUGAUGAUUCGAAAAUAAAAAAAGAUUUGUCCAUAAGAGUCUAAAUAACGCGCAAUGGAAAGGGUGACGGAUGAAGAAUCGAUUUUAGCUGUAAUCUUAAGUAUCAAUUUAUAUUAAAAAAAAAAAACGAAGGAAGUUCAAUUCGUGAAUAAAAAACAAAAAAUCGAAAAAGUUCCUAUAUUAGAAGAAAAAGACAAGCGAUAACACACGGUACAUGUGAUUGUCUCCUGUAUAAUGUAUUAUAAUUAUUGUAUUGCUGCAGUUUAAAAUUCAAACGUGCAGUCAUUGAAUUUAUGCGACCCAAUUCGGAGACUCGUUAGUUAUAUUUGCUAACUUCACCUGUAACUUAUUAUGCACCGAUGAUAUUCGUUCAGGUUUUUCGUGAUGGUCGUUGUGGCGACGAGUGAAGAAGAAAAUCCGACACCCUUGCCAUGAGCCUUGGAAGGACGCAAUUUAUAUUUUUAAGCAUUUAUAAUGAAUAAAAUAAAAGAAAACAAAAAAACAUAUGUCUUAAUUCGAAUCUAGUUAUGUAAAGCCGAAUAAACAACGCAGUUAUAUAUAUUAUAUGAAUAUAUAUUUGCUCUCGAUGGAAUAUGAACUUUUGUGCUUUUCGAAAAUAUUCUAGGACUGAGAUUUAUGGGAAUCGAGAGACUAAAAAUAAUAAUGUGCAAUCAAUGUGGAUAAAAUAGACGUGAGAACUUUUGGAUUUUCAUUGUAAAAUAUAUCUUUUUUACAGACUCUAAGGAAAAUCAAAAUUUUUCUUACGCAUACUGACGAUUAAAAAAAAUGAAGCAGUAUUAUAAAAAAUAUAUAUGAUAAAAAUCACGGAGAAAACGUGUACUUCUAGAUCGAAUAGUUGAUCUCGGUCCGUAUAAACGAUUGGAUAGAGUCUCUCUUAGUAGCGAAAAAAAAAUAACGAAAAAAAACAAGGACUUUCUAGACAGGAGCAGUAAAAAAAAUUUGUGUAUAGCUUUAUUGUAUAACUUAAUAAUUACUGUAAGAAUUAUCGAUAAAAUGCAGGAAGAUAUAAAACGUCGACACGCGAACGAGGCCAAAACAGCAGAUCGAAGAGGCCACUGCACUGCAGCACAUAAAAGAGAGAUAAUGAAAAAUAAAGGGUUUUUUGCUUAUAAAAGGGCAAAAUGUUACUUAAUGUACAUUGUUUAUACAUACAAAAAAAAUUAAUAAUUAAGAAGAGUGUUUAAAAAGCUCUAGUUCCGGAUUAUGUAAUGCUAAUAAACUUCACUAUGAAUGUGUGAUGUCCGUAUAUAUAUAUAAAAUAUUAUAUAUAUGGGUCAAAAUAAUACUUUUUUACAAAACCGUGCGCACGUAUG